GCCCCGGGAAAGCCCCACGCCGAGGCCGCGGCCAAGCACCCGGUUCGAGAUUUGCAUGCUGUGAUUAAGGCAGUGAAGCAAUCGCGCUGUUGCCUCAUCGGUGAGAAUCCCCGAGGCCCGUGCGCUAUAAAUGCCACCCGAUCAAUGAGCACAGCCGGGCAGGAGCGAGAGGAGCCGGCCGGGCUGGGCAGGGCCGCGCUGCACAGAGGAGGAGACACCGAGCCGGGCACCCACCAUGUGCUUCCUCACCCGAGGGCUGGCACUGCUGCUGGCUGUGCUGCUGUGGUCACCGUGGUGGGCGCUGCAUGGAGCACCACUGACCGAGCUCUCAGGGGACCAGGACUUCCAGCUCUUCCUUCAGAGGAACCUCGAGUUCACCCGCAAGAUCCGUGGGGACGUGGCUGCGCUGCAGCGCCUGCUGUGUGACACCCUCCAGCUGUGCAAGGAGGACGAGCUGCUGCUGCUGCGGCAGGACCUGGACAUCGCCCAGGCGCCGCUGGAGCAGUGUCACAGGCGCACCUUCCAGGCAGAGACCUGCUUCAGCCAGAUCCGUGCCGGCCUCCGCGUCUACCACGGCUCUCUGGCCACCAUCCAGGCCCUGCUGCCCGGGCACGUUGGGCUGGUGGAGACCCUGCAGCUGGACAUGGCCAACCUGUCCUCCAACAUCCAGCAGCAGAUGGAGGACCUGGGCCUGGCCACGGUGACGUACCCCACAGAGAACCAGGACCCUGUCCCCACCUUCUCCUCCCAUUUCCACCACCAAGUCGGCGGCUUCUUCAUCCUGGCCAACUUCCAGAGGUUCCUGGAGACGGCGUACCGGGCACUGCGGCACCUCACCAGCCUCUGACCCCUGCUUGUGGAUGUCCCACCUGAGGGACAUCCCGGGAGCACCCCAUUUCCUGCUUAUUUAAUAUUUAUGGCUAUUUAAUAUUUAUCUGUCUGGGGAUGCUCCCCCCGCCAGGGGAUCCCGCAGUGGAUCCGUGCACAGGUCCCUGUGCAGCAUCACUCUUGUUUAAUAUUUAAACACAAGCGUAUCUCUGCUACGAGGUUCUGGAGCUGGGCUGAGCCCCCACAGCUGCUGCUGGCACUGCCUGUGCCUCAGUUUCCCCACAGCUUGCACUGCUGGGGCUGCUGCAUCAUCCCACGGGAAAACAUCCCAGGAUGAGGAUGCUCCAGAACAGCAUCUCCCUGUCUGGGCUGCAGCCUGCAGGGACACAUCUGAUGGGUGUUAUUUCUAGUAAUUAAUAUU